UUAUCCAUCUCAUUGGCAAAAGAUUCAUGCUCCUCACAUUUAUCUACUUUCUUUUUGGUUGCGGAUGAGAUUCGAUUACAGUCAACGGUUUUGAAAUAAAGAAACUGCAAAUAAGAAAGACAAACUGGCCAUGCAUCCUGUAGCGGCCAUGAGCAGCGUCUUCUCUUUCUCAGCUAAUAACCCUUUCUUCUGUUCCACUUUCGUUCCCGUCUCUCGCUCCUCCUCCUCUUCUUCUCCAAAUACUGUGUUGGUUUUUGGCAGCAGCAUUAACAAUGAUAACCAUAAGAAGCAGUUUUCAUCUCUUUGUGGUACUUCUACUGUGGUGGUGCGUAGUGGUGCCAAAGCAGAAGAAGGGUUGGAGUUAUUAGAGGACGAGGACGAUGGUCGUCAUCCUCCGCCUUCGGAUGCCCUUCGCCAGCUCAGGAAAUCUGCUGAUUGGAAAGCGGCAAGGGCUUAUAAAGAAAGUGGUGUUAUCUAUGAGGGAAGGGUUGAAGGCGUUAAUACUGGUGGUUUACUCAUUCGGUUCUAUUCAUUAAUGGGCUUUCUACCUUUUCCGCAGCUGAGUCCUUCACACUCAUGUAAAGAACCUCAAAGACCCAUCCAAGAAAUUGCCAAAGGUCUGAUUGGUUCUUUUCUUUCUGCUAAGGUAAUUCAUGUGAGUGAGGAGAACAGGAAACUAAUUUUCUCUGAAAGAGAUGCAAUGUGGACAAAGUUCUCUGACCAAGUCACAGUAGGAGAUAUUUUCGAAGCAAAGGUUGGUCCUGUGGAAGAUUAUGGUGCCUUUGUUCACCUAUGCUUUCCCGACGGUUGUUACCAUCUGACUGGACUUGUACAUGUUUCGGAGGUUUCUUGGGAUUUGGUUCAAGAUGUAAGAGAUGUCCUAAAUGAAGGGGAUAAUGUCCGGGUCAAAGUAAUUCAAAUUGACAGGGAAAAGACAAGGAUAACAUUGUCUAUCAAACAACUGGAGGAUGAUCCCCUCCUGGAGACAUUGGACAAAGUAAUUCCUCAAAAUGGUCAGACAGUUUCUGAUGUUUUGAGCGUGGAUGAUAGUGUAAACUAUGAACCUUUGCCUGGACUGGAGGCCAUUUGUCAAGAGCUACUAAAAGAAGAGGGCAUAACUCAAGUUAAAAUUGGCCGGCAAGGAUUUGAAAAACGUGUGGUAUCACAGGACUUGGAGCUUUGGCUUUCAAAUGUGCCUGCGGGGAAUGGGCAGUUCACACUUCUUGCUCGAGCUGGUAGGCAGGUUCAGGAAGUCCAUCUGAGUGCCUUGCUUGAUCAAGAAGGCAUCAAAAAGGCCGUGCAAAGAGUCUCAGGGCGUGUUCCUUGAACUCUCAAUGUAAAAGGGGGUCACAAGAUCUACUGUAUGUAACAUGCCAGUCUACGAUUAAUUAUAACUUAAAUCUAAUCAGGAUAAGUUUGUAUGUAUUUGUGUUGUUCAGCCAAGGAUUUGUUGAUACAAAAAGCAGAUAGCACACAAACAUUCUUUUGUACAUUCUGUUCAUAACCAACUUUAGAAUUGGAGCAUCUCAUGUAAUUUUGUUAUACAAGAUGAGUCAGAUGAGAGUAUUUUUCCAA